CGUUUAAUGUUUUCACUGACUGGCUGGGCGACUGAAUUGCUCCGAACAACUGUGCCGAACUGUGUCACUGGCACUGGCACUGGCACUAGCACUGGCAACUUACAGCAAAUGUGCAAAUAAUGUCAGCACACCAACUACAACUACAAUACCAUAAACGCCAACAACAACAAUUCAGCCGCUAAAAGUUCAUUAAGUACAACAACACUGCGAAGCACUAUCGAAAAUAAGGCUAAGGAUGUCAGCAUCCUUUAUGGGUCAAGGAACAUUGAUUACGGUUUAUAUUGUAAAAUGGCAGGAUAGUUAUUAAGCUCACAUAUUAAAGCCAAAAUUGCACUGACAAAUUUUCAUCUCUCUCUUACUAAAUCGGAAUAUUGCAUCAUUGGUGUUAAAGUAACGAAUUUUAAAAAGGAAUUACUAGAAAACGCAUUAAGCAUCUAUCGAACACGGCCAGAGUCAAAGCAAUAUCUGAUUUCAAGGCUUUUACUAAAUCUAACAAACCAAAGAAACCAGCUUCAACCGCAGCAAAUAGAGUUUAGAAUAGUCCAGUAGUCCAAGAGUAUGUCGCUUAAUCGUUCAUAGCACGCACCUAUUGUUAGAAGUUGUUGCAUCAUCUCACUUGCAACAUCAACCGCAACUAAACCAUACAAAAGUAAUUGUGAAAAGUAUUUGAAUAAAUUUUAAAUAACAGAAGCGCAAAGCAAACAUAAAUUCAUAACUUAUUAAAUUUAAGCAAACAAUCCAACAUUAGUAGACCAAAAAAUAACUUUCACCUCUCAGACACAUUGCACCCAAGCUUUAUGCUACACGCUCACAUCCCAGAGGUUGAAUGUAAAUCCAAGAUAUCACAGUAAUAGAAUAAUUUCAAUAACAAAAGCAAAAGCAAAAGCAAAAGCAAAAGCAAAAACAAAAUCAAGCAAACAAGACACGGCACGCCCAAUCAAAUAUCAACCGUCCAAAGCUCACUUUAGGCAAAUUGCAUUAACUAACACUAAACAGCACUUUCGUUCAAAGAAAAUCUCGCCUUUCUCACUUCCUCGCCAGAUAAUAAAAUUUUAAUCUAAUUUACAUUUUAAACAACUACAACUACACCAACGUUAGCAACAACAACGAUAAUGUUUGGUAGCAGCAAACGAUUUACGAACCAUCUAAUAUUAGCGCUUUGUCUGCUCCUGGUGUGUACAACAACACUUACGCUUGCUCAAAAUACAGAAGAAAACACCACGCCCAUAAGUAAUGUCACAGCGCUGCCUGCAACGCAGGAGGACAUCUGCAAGGAUGGCCUCAUACUAAAAGUUUGGAAACCACAGGACAAUAUAACGAUAGGCGAUCGUGUCGCGCGUGGUCUAUGUUAUUUUAUUGCGAUGGUUUAUUUGUUUAUUGGCGUUUCAAUUGCUUCUGAUCGUUUUAUGGCAGCGAUUGAGGUGAUCACGUCCAAAGAGAAGGAAGUUGUUGUCAAGAAGAAGGGUGGUGAGAAACAGAUUGUAGUUGUGCGAGUCUGGAAUGAAACUGUUGCUAACUUGACAUUAAUGGCGUUGGGCUCAAGUGCUCCGGAAAUCCUGCUUUCUGUUAUUGAAAUGUUUGCGAAAAAGUUUGAAGCUGGUGAUUUAGGACCUGGUACAAUUGUAGGCUCUGCUGCAUAUAACUUAUUCGUUAUCAUAGCAUUAUGUAUAGUUGUGAUACCGAAAGGAGAAGUGCGUAAAAUUAAGCAUUUACGAGUGUUUUUCGUCACAGCAACGUGGUCAAUAUUUGCCUAUAUAUGGCUAUAUUUAAUAUUGGCUCAAAUUACGCCUGGCCGUGUUGAUGUGUGGGAGGGCUUGUUAACGUUUAUGUUUUUCCCCGCAACAGUAUUAACAGCAUACAUUGCUGAUCGUCGUCUAUUAAUCUAUAAAUAUUUGGAUAAAAAUUAUCGUAUGAAUAAGCGUGGUGUUAUUGUAAGCGCCGAGGGCGAUGCAGCGCUAGAAAUGAAUCAACCAGAGGAAACCGACAUUAAAACCUUCGAUGAGAGUGAGGAAACUAAAGACUUUGAGGAGGCGAGACGUGAAUACAUUUCGACGCUAAAAGAUCUGCGCAAAAAAUACCCACAAAGCGAUCUGGAGCAAUUAGAAAUGAUGGCACAUGAACAACUCAUAAAUCGUGGACCCAAAUCUCGAGCAUUUUAUCGUAUACAAGCAACACGAAAGCUGAUGGGUAGUGGCAAUAUAAUGAAGAAAGCCCAAGAACGUGCACAAAUGAACUUAAGUGAAGUUAAAGCGGAAUUACAACGCGUAGAUGUGACCAUUCAGGAAGAGGAAUCACCAAUGCAAAUCUUUUUCGAACCUGGUCAUUAUACGGUUAUGGAAAGUUGUGGCGAAUUCGAAAUGCGGGUAGUGCGGCGUGGUGAUAUUUCCGGUUAUACAACUGUAGAGUAUGAGACAGAAGAUGGUUCUGCUGAAGCUGGUAGUGAUUACAUUGGAAAAAAAGGUGUACUUACUUUUCCACCCGGUGUGGAUGAGCAACGCUUCAAAAUUGAAAUUAUAGAUGACGAUGUCUUUGAGCAGGAUGAACAUUUUUAUGUGCGUUUAAGUAAUCCAUCCGAAUCCGCUACACUAUCAACUCCAAAGGUAGCCACUGUUAUGAUAUUGGAUGAUGAUCAUUCUGGCAUAUUUGCAUUCCAACAAUUCAAUCAUGAACUUAAUGAAUCGGUAGGCUGUUAUGAACUAAAGGUACAACGGUAUUCCGGUGCGCGCGGAAAAGUUAUUAUACCCUAUUGGACGGAGGAUGGUACUGCGAAAGCCGGCAAGGAAUAUGAACCAUUGCAGGGUGAAUUGGUAUUCGAAAACAAUGAAAUUGAGUGA